ACACACGCAUCUUCUAAAAUUUGGCAUUAGCCGUGAAUAAGGUCAUGUGAUAUUCCUUGCAUUGCUCUAUUGUUAAUUUUUUUUAAUGCUUUUUUAAUUUCAAAUGGUGUGUGUGUUGGCAUGUGGCAUGCCUUUGAAAUAAAGAAAAUUUUCAUAAAUCAGAUGUGUGUGAACGAUGUCGAAAACUACACCUAAAAGUACACAUUACGCAUCCACGUAUAAUUACUUUGACGGUAUACAGAAUUGGCGGGAAUGCCUCGCAAUGGGCCACUCCCUAGAAGUUAAUAAACGUCGUAGCUUAAUGUGGAUUUGGCCUACGGAAAGUGAAUUACUUAAAUUUGGAGCAUUACUGGAGACGCUGAACAUAAACCACAUACUUAGUAUAGGAUGUGGCAAUGGAUUAUUUGAAAGGAUAAUACAAGAUUGUCUGGGAGUGGCAGUCAAUGGUAUUGAAGUCGAUCGAUCGUGGUGGGAAAGUAAAUAUGCAAUUAAAAGUUUUAUUAAUAUUAAUUAUUUUGACGAAGAAGAAAAUAUGAAGAAUUAUCUACAAAAGUGUUGUAACUUGGAAAAUUGGAAUUUCGCAUUGAUGUUUUGCUACUUUAACAACCGAACUGCAUUCCUUAAUUAUAUAAAAAUGUAUAAAGGAAAUAUACUUUUAAUUGUUGGACCGAAAACUGGUGCUAAUAUUUACACUGAACCAUUGCCGCUUGAUCCACAUUUCCCAGGAAGAAAUCGUUGGGAAUUAAAAGCUACAUUAAACAUUGGAAACCUUGAUGUAAUAGCUUUUUAUACAUGUGCGAUGAUAAAUUAA